CUACUGAGCACAACCCGGGCAGACUGUAUACUGUAGUUCUCCACCGUCCUCCUAAUAACUCCCAUGGAGGGAAUCAUCAGGGUGUGUCUCACUGAACUUCAGAGAGAGGACAACAUCUCCUAACAUGGAGGAGAAUGAGAGUGAAGACAGGUAUGGCCUCACAAGUCUGGAUCUACCCACCACACAUUUAUCAAACACAGACUAGUGCCCUUUGCAGCGUGAAGAAAGUCAAAGUGGAGCCCAGCAGCUGUGUGUACCAUGAGAGAGCCCAACCGUGGACUUCUCUGAACGGCAGAACCCUUGGCAUAGCGCACCCGAUCAGACUUGCUCCCUCCUUUGCGACCCGAGACUUGGCAGUGGGCGAGAGAACGCGUGGCGGUGGGCAGGAGUUCCCUGUACAGACGGUGGCCGUGCGUGGGGUACGGAGAAAGCAGAACGGAACAGGAGGAACAGGCCCGGCGGAGGCCCAGCAGCCCCAGGACACAGGGCCAGUCCCCUGGCAGGGCGAGGGGCAGGAGCAGACGGACAGAGACAGGGGAGGCAGCAGUAGUGGAGCGACAGGAGGAGGGGGAAGGGGGGAGGAAGGUAGAGGAGGAGGUAGGAAGGAAGAGACAGAAGGUGACUGGGAAGAGGGUGAUUGUGGAGGUUUGAACUUGGCCGACAGCGCUCAGCGAUGUGGGCUGAAACGUAAGAGCGAGGAGCUUGAUAACCGCGGGAGCACCAUGCAGAUAGUGGAGGAUCUGUCCAUGUUGCCAGCCAUGAUGCAAACGACCAGGGGGAAUCCAGCUGGGUUGCCCACGGCUGUAGGGGGCGGAGGAGGACCCCCAACCAAACAGGGAGCGGCGGGCGGAGCAGGAGGGGGUGACGGGGACUACCAGCUGGUGCAGCACGAGGUCCUGUGCUCCAUGAAGAACACGUAUGAGGUGCUGGACUUCCUGGGCCGCGGCACCUUCGGACAGGUGGUAAAGUGCUGGAAGAGGGGUACUGGGGAGGUGGUGGCGGUGAAGAUCCUGAAGAACCACCCGUCAUACGCGCGCCAGGGCCAGAUAGAAGUGGGCAUUCUAGCCCGGCUGAGCGGGGAGAACGCGGAUGAGCACAACCUGGUGCGGGCCUUCGAGUGCUUCCAGCACCGCAGCCACACGUGCCUGGUGUUUGAGAUGCUGGAGCAGAACCUCUAUGACUUCCUCAAGCAGAACAAGUUCAGCCCGCUGCCGCUGAAGGUGAUCCGACCCGUGCUGCAGCAGGUGGCCACGGCCCUGAGGAAGUUGAAGACCAUGGGCCUGAUCCACGCUGACCUAAAGCCGGAGAACAUUAUGUUGGUGGACCCUGUCAGGCAGCCCUACAGGGUGAAGGUAAUAGACUUUGGCUCAGCCAGCCACGUGUCCAAGGCUGUGUGCUCCACAUACCUCCAGUCCCGGUACUACAGGGCUCCAGAGAUCAUCCUGGGCCUGCCCUUCUGUGAAGCUAUCGACAUGUGGUCCCUGGGCUGUGUGAUCGCUGAGCUCUUCCUGGGCUGGCCCCUCUACCCAGGGGCCCUGGAGUACGACCAGGUAAAUAAGCCUGUUAUAAAGAAGUGUAUUGUUACAUUGCUGUACACCCUCCUACCUGACCGCUGGUGCCGGAGGCCUGACCGCUGGUGCCGGAGGCCUGACCGCUGGUGCCGGAGGCCUGACCGAAAGCCUCUCAAAGAGCUUAGAGGAAAGAAGGAGAUACGGAGUGUGAAGCCAAGGAGCAGGGAGGAGAUACGGAGUGUGAAGCCAAGGAACAGGGAGGAGAUACGGAGUGUGAAGCCAAGGAACAGGGAGGAGAUACGGAGUGUGAAGCCAAGGAGCAGGGAGGAGAUACGGAGUGUGAAGCCAAGGAACAGGGAGGAGAUACGGAGUGUGAAGCCAAGGAACAGGGAGGAGAUACGGAGUGUGAAGCCAAGGAGCAGGGAGGAGAUACGGAGUGUGAAGCCAAGGAACAGGGAGGAGAUACGGAGUGUGAAGCCAAGGAGCAGGGAGGAGAUACGGAGUGUGAAGCCAAGGAGCAGGGAGGAGAUACGGAGUGUGAAGCCAAGGAGCAGGGAGGAGAUACGGAGUGUGAAGCCAAGGAGCAGGGAGGAGAUACAGAGUGUGAAGCCAAGGAGCAGGGAGGAGAUACGGAGUGUGAAGCCAAGGAACAGGGAGGAGAUACGGAGUGUGAAGCCAAGGAACAGGGAGGAGAUACGGAUUGUGAAGUCAAGGAACAGGGAGGAGAUACGGAUUGUGAAGUCAAGGAGCAGGGACGAGAUACGGAGUGUGAAGCCAAGGAGCAGGGAGGAGAUACGGAGUGUGAAGCCAAGGAGGGAGGAGAUACAGGGAGCAGGGAGAGAUACGGAGUGUGAAGCCAAGGAGCAGGGAGGAGAUACGGAGUGUGAAGCCAAGGAGCAGGGAGGAGAUACGGAGUGUGAAGCCAAGGAGCAGGGAGGAGAUACGGAGUGUGAAGCCAAGGAGCAGGGAGGAGAUACGGAGUGUGAAGCCAAGGAGCAGGGAGGAGAUACGGAGUGUGAAGCCAAGGAGCAGGGAGGAGAUACGGAGUGUGAAGCCAAGGAGCAGGGAGGAGAUACGGAGUCAAGGAAGUACAUCUUCAACUGUUUGGAUGACAUGGCGCACGUCAACUUGGUGAUGAAUCUGGAAGGUAGUGACCUGUUGGCAGAGAAGGUGGACCGAAGAGAGUUUGUAGGCCUGCUGAAGAGGAUGUUGUGGAUCGAUGCGGAGAAGAGGAUUGCCCCCGCUGAGGCGCUCAGCCACUCCUUUAUGUCCAUGCAACACCUGCUCGACUUCCCCCAUAGCAACCAUGUCAAAUCAUGUUUCCACAUCAUGGACGUUACCCGCUCUCGUCCCGGUCCUUACGACACGCUCAACCGGAACAAAGCCCCCUUCAUCAGACCGGUGACCACCACCACCACCACAGUUAACCUGACCGGGCCCUUCAGCAAGAUGGCCACCAUCCACAACCAAGCUUUAGCCCCCUCUGCCCCCUCAGUGAUGCACCCUGGGAUACCGCUCCAAACAGGAAAUGGCCAGUUUGGCUGCAGCGACUCAUUUCAACAGGCACUCAUCCUGUGCCCCCCAACGAUGCAGGGAAUCCCCACUAACGCGGCCAAGCCUCAGGGCUUCUCCGUACGCAUGGAGACUGCUGUGCCUCUGGUCACCCAAGCUCCCUCCAUCCAGCCCCUACAGAUCAGACCUGGGCUCAUCACACAGCAGACCUGGUCUAACCGCCCCCAGCAGAUCCUGGUGCCCGCCUGGCAGCAGGUGACUUCAAUGGCGCCCCCACCAGCCACCAUGGCGUCUGACACUGUGGCAGGCCCACAGAGACUGGGAGAAUGGGGGAAGGUGCGUCCCCAUGGCAACCAAUACAGCUCUAUGAUGCCCCACCACCAUCAGCCGUUCUUAACCAACCAGAUGACCAUGUCUGCCCACCAGCCAAUCAGCAUAGGCAUCGCACACGUGGUGUGGCCACAGCCCUCUGCAAACAAGAGAAACAAGCCCUGCUUUAACAGAGGCAACAAUUUCACCUACAACACCCAAAACUCAGCAUGCCAGUCCCCAAAGAUGGCCGACACCACGAGGAAUGUCCCAGAGGAUAGAUUCCCAGAGGCAGGGCGAGCUGCACAGCUGGAACCUGAACCGGAGCAGGUGGAGGAGCCUAGCUGCUGUAAGGCAGGUUCAGACUCUGAAGAGCAGUCUGUCUCUUAUAAGCAGCGGCAGGCCAUGGUGAUGUCUGAUCUGGCCAGCCCCACUGUUACUGUCAUUAGUAUCAGCAGUGAUGAGGAAGAGGAGGAGGAAGAGAGAACACGGAGACACUCACUGGGGGAGUGUAAGGGCAGUGCUGAGUGUGAGGCGUGUCAGAGCACAGUGAGUAUGGAGAGAGUAUGUUCCCUCAGCAGUCCAGACAGCACCCUCAGCACCAGCUCCUCUGCCUCAGCCCAGUCCAGCACCUCACCCUGCAAACGCCCCAACAGUAUGUCAGAUGACGAGCAGGAGAGCGGUUGUGACAUUGUGGACGGCUCGCCUUCCUCUGACUCCUCUGGCCCUAGCAACAGCCCCUUCACCGAACAACGCUACAUCGCCGAUGGCAACCAGAACCGCGGGUCCCGUGUAGCGUGUGUCGCCCCGGUAACGGAGCCCAGAAAGCCGGCGGUGCGCACCAUGGUGGUGCCACCAAUGAGGGUGCAGAAUAACAACCCCCACCCACACAUCAACGAGACGCUAGGCAACACCAUCUUAGAGUCUUUCCAGUUCAAAGGGCGAGGUAUCCCGGGCCGUCAACCGCACCACUCCAUCCCCCUCCUCAACCGGCCACAGAAGAUCACUGCAUUCCAGCACCAGCAACAGCAGCCCAUGGGCUUUGGACAGCUCCAGCAUUACGGCUCCUGCCACCAGGAAUGGAAUGGAAACUAUGCCCACCGGCGCCCGCAGGCUUACAUCCCCCCCACUAUGCAUGGGCACUCCUUUACCCUACCCCACGGCAGCCCCAACCACACUUCAGGCCCCCGCCAUCACCCCCACCCGCACAGCCAGCAUACUCUUCUGUCCUACCCCCCCCCUGGGCCCCUGGUCACAGCAGCCCCUGUGGCCCACAUCCUGGCCUCCCCUGGGGCUUCACGGCCCGUCCUGCAGCCCGCCUACAGCAUCUCUCACCCGGGCGGUAUCGUCCACCAGGUCACUGUGGGCAUCAACCCCGGCUGCUGCCCUCGCCCACUAUCCACCCCCAGGGCCAGUUCAAGGCCCUCUUCCCCCGCACCCCUACAUGGCCUCGCCUGCCUACGCCACCUUCCCCCUCAGCCCCACCAAACUCAACCAGUACCCCUACAUCUGACAGGGUCCCGGAGCGGCCCACCCUCCAGAUGCACCUCGCGCCCCGGGGCCAAGCGAGCAGGAGGGGCCUCCUUCUCAGAAUACACAACAAACAACCACAACAUGGUUUUCAUGUCCAGAGCCAUGGCACAACCACAGAGAAACAAGCUAUUUUUUAUCAAUCAUGUAGACUUGGGUGCAAUUGAAAUAUGAGCUAUAAAAAUAAAAUCACAAAGUUUGGGUGGAGGAUGGUGAAAUGGAGGAUGAGGAGGGGGGCAAGGAAGGAUGGAUGGAAUGAUUGAAUGUAGAUAAGUAAGUCACUCUCUGUGUUUUGCACAUUUAAUAUACCUUCACAUUAGCUCUUCUACCAAUACUCCUCAAAAAACAGGUGACUAAUCGGGUGGCGUUGCUAGGUCAGACCUUAUCCCAGCUAUUUUUCUAUAUUGCCUUCUGAACGUGUGCAAGACACAUCCACAUUUGUAAAGCCAUCCCAGUCUCUAGCUCGAUAGGCCGACAGGUGCACAUGUUGUCCACGGUGUGUGUCGUACCGCUUUUGAACUAUUUCUACCUUUUCUCAGUGUCUUUGGUGUUUUAAACAUGUGGAGUCACUUAACCCAUUUAAAGUAGGGUUGUUGCUCCUCAAGCUGCAUGUGAUCUUGCAUGAGCAGAUCAAAAUGUAAACAGGAAGUAGAUACGUUAGACGUCGCUCUUGUUGUUGGCGUCACGAGACUCGCUGCAUCGUAUACUUGUCCCCAGCCAUAGUGCCUUAUAUAUUUGAGGUGGUUGAUGUUACUACUUAUAUAUAAAUAUAUUACUGUACUGGACUGCAACACUUGAAGGUCCUACCAGUCCAUGCAUCCUGUGUGUGGAUAUAUAUCCAUGAAUAUAGUAAUGUAGUGGACUGCAGCACUUGAAGGUCCUACCAGUCCAUGCAUCCUGUGUGUGGAUAUAUAUCCAUGAAUAUAGUAAUGUAGUGGACUGCAGCACUUGAAGGUCCUACCAGUCCAUGCAUCCUGUGUGUGGAUAUAUAUCCAUGAAUAUAGUAAUGUAGUGGACUGCAGCACUUGAAGGUCCUACCAGUCCAUGCAUCCUGUGUGUGGAUAUAUAUCCAUGAAUAUAGUAAUGUAGUGGACUGCAGCACUUGAAGGUCCUACCAGUCCAUGCAUCCUGUGUGUGGAUAUAUAUCCCUGCACAGCCUGCAUGGACGUGAGGUAUCGCGGAUAGCGGUGCUUAUGGUUUGGAUUGGGUGUAUAUUUCAGUGUGUAGUGAGUUACUCUUUUGUCCCUUAAAGAAGGACGACGUGCUUUGCUCUAGCAGAUGCUCGCUGGUCCGUUAUUACAUGCUCCUUUUCUGUCAUCGUCCUCCCCACUGAAUGAACUAGUGUACAAAGAGCAAGCAUUGAAUAUUUGCUUAAUAUUUCAUAAUCAAUUUCUAUUUAGUGAAACUCUUACUACUAACAGUAUUUGUACUGUUCGAUGAAACUGCAAUACAAUCUCUAAAUAGACGUUGAUUUUUAUUUUUUUGUCUUUGUAUUUAAAAAAAGCAAAGUGUUUGAGUGUGUUUUUCUUGUUUCUAUCUGCUCUACCAGUGUGGUGGGCUUUGACUAGCUGAGGACGACAAUGCUAAUUCAUUAACGGCAUGGAUUCUUCUAAGCCUGAGCAGACCAUGCAGUAUUUGACACACACACACACAUACACACACAUAUAUAUACAUGAGCUAGUCUACUUAGUGCAGACGCUUAAUAAGGUGUGAGUUUGUCGCGUGCAAUUCUCUCAUUUAUGCAUGUGACAAAGUAAACUUUUUCCCUUUACAUUAUACCAUUUGUUUAAGGUUUAUUGGUGUUGACUGCUUAUUUUAUACAUUCCGUCAGGGAGAAUAUAUAUAUAUAUAUGCUGUGUGCAUUUUUCCAUUUGUUUUUGCUAGUUAUGUGCGUUAAGUCUUUCGUCUUUUCAAAUGAAGUUGCUUGUGCAGCACCAAAGACUGUAAUUCAUUUCCUGAGCAAGGUAGCUAGAUAUAUUCUGUUUUUACACAAUAGACCUCUAUCUAGUAUACUAUAGUCGUAGAGCUGGGGUUACAUCUCAAAAAAUGGUAUUUAAAAAUAUAUAAAAACAUUUAUAAUUACAUGGCUGAGGUUAUGUUUAGCUUUUUCUGGCGAUUUUAAUAAGCCGUAUCAUUGUUCUUGAAUGUAUCAUAGAUAAGCUGCUAUAUGAUCCACAGCUGUGAAAUGAGGUGAUUUCUCUUAGUUCAAAACUAGCGUUCCUAUUUUUGUAUAGGUCCCUAAUUAUCUGAAAUAGAAGUGGUUUUGAUUUUUGUGGGGUUUUCUGCGUUCAUGUUUGAAGCGUCAUUGUAACUACUGUAUUGCUGAUGGACGUUAGUUGCAUUCGUUCUGGUUUUGGGGGUCUGUGUGUUUUUGCAGUAUUUUAUCCUUAUUAACCGUUUUGGACUCGUCACUGCAUAUAAAUGGAUGUAUCAAUGUCAUUUCAUUUUUGUAUGUUUUCAUAUUGCCGUUUUGUAAACAUGUAAAGCUAUAGCUUGCAAGAUUGAUUGAACUUUCUUCAUUAUGGUAGUAAUUUGAGUAUACAGUUCUAAUAGCGUCUGUUAUGUUUGGCAGGAGCACUGUGAGGUAGCAGGACACUCAAUGGAAGGCUGACAGUAUGUAACAUGUUCUCCCCAAGUCACACCACUAACAACCUGUCAGUAGUCUGCUAGUAAGGGGUUGUCGUAUUGACUCCUCAUGGUCCCACGGGGAAUUAAACACACAAUAUGUCUCAUUUA